AUGAGGAUUAUGAAGAAGCAAAAGCCAUGGGAGGUUAUUCUGGAUGAAAUCAAAGAGGAUACAAUCAGCUAUGGGGCGACGAAAGAUGGAACAACAAUCAAGAUCGAUCUUACUCAUCUACACCCGUAUGUCUCAAGUUAUGCUAAGGCCUCAUCUAUCAUCCAUCAUGUGAUGAAAGUGGCCCACUGGAUUCUUGCUUCGCUUGUCGCCCCUAGAGAAGAGCGAAACACCAUUAGCGCUCUUGAGCUCAAAAUACUCUAUGCUACGGCCCACCCUGAUGAUAAUCUUAUUCCUCACUAUGGCAUAUUGCUUUGUAACAAACUCACUCGUAUUAGCACAUCACGGUAUGGCAAAAUAUCUUGUGGUGGCAUUGUCAGUUUAUUUGCCAAAAGUGCUCCAGUCUGGGCCCCAUAUCCCAGAAUUCACCAACCUCUUCCCGGUGAGACAUACCUUACCAUGGGAGUUCUUGAAUCUAUGAGAAUAUUUCGGGCAGAAGACGGGAACCAUAAUUGGACCGUGGGUCAAAACCACAAUCCAAGGCUCAUCAUUGCCCCUGAGAACCGGGAUAUCCUUUCCCUUAGGCAUCCUAACAACUUCACCAACUGGAAAAUCACACCAUAUCUCUUCCCCGACUCCUUCUCCGAAGAGGAAGAUGGAGAACGUGACGAGAGUGGUGGGGCGGCACCACAAAAUUCUCCUCCUAUGGGUGGUGCCAGCUCAUCCCAUCAGGCUGGACACCCAUCCUAUCACCAGCAACAUAUGGAUCAUUUCCAAUCGAUCCAUACCCGCCUCGACACUUACAAUCAAGAUCUUGCGAGCCUGACUUAA